AAAAUGGAGACAGCUUGAGAUUUUGACAAGAAAGUUGUGAUUUUUGAGGAAAGAGCUGAUAUGAAGUCUGAUGGUCUUUCAGAUGUUAGUGAAUCAACUAAGUGAGAUUCUGAUAAAUGCUUACCUGUGAAGAAAAAUAGGAAGAAAAUCAAGGGAAUGAAGACCCACAAAUGUUACAAGUGCUCUUCAGAUCAUGAUAAUAAAGACUUUACUACUUUCUCGAGUAUCAAAGAGGUGCCUUCACCAAAGGAAGAUUCGCCUUUUCUACAACGCAUGCAGAAGGAUAUGUAUAAAAAGUGUUCAACCAAGUUCAUACUACCUCGGCCAGUAUAUAUCUUUCCAAGAGGAGCCAAGGAGAACAGUAUAAAUCAGUUCCUUGACUUUAUGGGGGUGCAUCAAGUAUUUCCUACUGAAGUUGAUUAUAUAAAGGACAUCAAAAAGAGAAAUAACUCCUCAGCUCAACUAAAGCUUGGAGGAAAUCCUCUUCUAAAGAGACGGAUGCAAAACAUGCGUCUGAACUCUUUCCAAACAACCAACCUAAAAUUUUAAACGGUGACAACCCAUAUUCAACUUUUAAUCGCUAUUC